GUGUCCACGGUGCGACUGUCCGACGAUCCAGGCGCGCCAUAAUGGCGGAGGUGGCGACCAAGAAAUCGAUCAAUGUAUUGGAUAACAUAACCGCGAGUAACAAGCAACUAAUAUCGUUGUGCGAGAGCAACGACGACGAGGACGAUCUAAUCCUGACUAACAACACCCGUAACGAAUUGGACGCGGACGACAAAAGCCUUCAGGAGUUGAUCGAGAGCGAGCUGGCGCUGAGAAUCUGCUCCAACGCCGGGCAGCAGCAGCAGCAGCAGGAGGAGGAGGAGGAGGAGGACGGAACCGGUAUAGAGAUGGAAGACGGGGAAGGAGGGAAGGAGGGGAAGGAGGCAGAAGCGGUGAUCGUGCUCGACAGGCAGCAGGAGCAUCUGGACGUGAACGCGGAAUUCAUCGCCGCGGAAACGGAACAUUCGGCGGGUUUGCUGGUCGGGAAAGCGAUAUACGGGUAUCAGAACGGGCACGUGUCGCCCGACACGGGCGUCGUGGAUACGCGUUGUUACGAGGGGAGCGUGGAGCCGGGGCCGAUCGCGGCCGGCUUCCCGGGGGAGGGGGAGGGGAAGGAGGAGCAAGUGCUCGAGGAGCGGGCGGAAGUUGGCAGCGGGAUAGCAAUCGAAGAAACAACGACGCGCGAGAUCGAGGACGGGGCACGUGAGCAGGCGGCGGACGAUGGCGGAUGCCCGCGGAACGAGGAGGACAACGAAGAUCCGUGUCCCGAUUACCCCGCCCUUCGGCCUGCCGAGGCCGCGGAUAGACCGCCGGAUGUCCACGCGAUGAGCGAGCAGCCGUUCGAGUCGUCGUACGAGGCCGAGGAGGAGCGGGGAACCGUGAAACCAGCCGCAUACGUCGACAAGUAUCGGGAGGAAAUAGAGGUUCAGUCCGUGAUUUUGGACGCGGCCGCGGGCCCCGACGCCGAGCAGUCGGACGGCGGGGGGGCGACGAUGGAGGAGGACGACGAGAUCGGGUUGGACGCGUGGACGGAGCGGGGGAAUUGCGGGGAGGACGACGAUCGGCAGAUGAUCGGUCAAUUCUCGGAUAAUUUCGACCAGGAGGGCUCGUGCCAGGGGGGCGUGGACGAGUUCCUCUGCCCCGCCGAGCAAUUGGGGAAAGGGAUGCGCGAUGACGAAUCGAAGAGGACGCCGAUCGAUCCGUUCGACGAUGUCGCGAUAUCCGAAUCGGCCGCGUUCGAGUCGAAAGCGUCGGCCAACGAUAAAUCUUCCGGCUCGUUGGAGGAGAAAAUUCUCGACGGGGACCUCGUCGAGGAGGGGUCCGUUCCCGAGGUGGACGUCGAGGAAGGGGAGGAGGAGGAGGAGGCACGUGGCGCGGCAAUGACGCUAUGCAAAAGUUUGGACGACGAAAGGGAUCGUUUCGACGCGGCGAGCACGGAGGAAUUUUUGGACACGGAACGGCGGGUGUUGAACGAGGAGAAUCGCGACGAGCGAUACCCGCAGCAGCAGCGGGAGACCUCGAGAUCGGGGGAGAAGGGCGAGGAGGAUCGGAGGAGAAAUUGGUCGGAGGAGGAAGAGGGGGAGGAGGAAGAGUCGAGGGGCAAGGAGGAGGAGGGGGAGGAGGAGUCGAACGACAACAUGGACGAGCAGAACGCGAUCACGAAAUCGUCGAGCGAGCUGUCCGUGUCCGAGCCGACGUUCAUCGAGAAGACGGAGGUGGUCAUAUCGGAGAGCAGCGUGAAGAUCGUCUCCGAGACGCAGUGCCUCGAGAUCGAGGCCGAGGAGCGAGAGGAAGAGGUCGACGAGGGAGUCGACCAACGAGCGGAGAAUCGCGGCGAACUCGUAUCGCCGGCUCGCGCGCCCCUUGCCACCCCCGACGACGAGACCAGCGACGUUUCUAACGCGGGUGAUAGCGAAAGCCGAGAGGAAACGUUAACGACGAGCGCGACAACGGUGACCUCGCAGAGCGCGAAGGGUGGGACCAAGACGAAGAAGAAGAAGAUCGAGGGCGUCGCCGGUAAUGAUGCCUCGCCCAAUCUCACUCCCCGCACAAAGAAGACCAAAAAGAGCAAGAAGAACGAGCUCGAGAAGGAAAAUAUUUCUGUGAACUCUAACUUGCAAGGGACGAGCAUGCACCCUGGUCCCCGGCAGAUGAACUCGGAAACCCUUGAUUUCUCGGACGAGGACGAUCUGUCGAACGUCAACGUGAAAUCUCUGACUCAGAAUUAUGUAUCGGAGGCGACGCGAAACGAGCAAGAUCGAUGCACGAAGGAAAAGAUCGCGACAGGCGUGUCGAUCAAACAGUUGUGUCGUAGUUUUGGCGACAUCUCGAACAUGAGCGACGGCGAUCAGACGGCAUAUGGGAAAACGAAUCACACGAUGGACACCGAGGAGAAAGCAAGGUCGCUGGGUGAUCUGAGAGUAUGCGAGAAGGGUUACUCGAAGUUCGCCAAAGACGCUCUCGUCUUCACCGGGGUGUCGGUCAAGGCCCUCCCCGUGCUGUUUCUUUCUUUUUUGUUCGAUGCCUACCCCGGAAUGCAUGAAAACCUUAAUCGAAAACCUCGCGAAACCACGGCCUCGGGACAGAGGGCUUCCUACUGUAGUUUGGCAAACUUAACGAGCGAGGGUAAUAAGGACAGGGAUCGACCUAGGCUCGAGAAGUCGAGCUUCAAUAAAUUCGACGCCCUCAGCAAGAAGACGGUGCUGCAUGUGCGCUCGAUCGAUGCCGGCAAAGUGCAACAGCAGCUGAAUGCCGUGGGUCAGAACGGCGACACGAACCCGAACUGCCGCAGCUGUGGCAAGGUCGUCUUCCAAAUGGAACAGACAAAGGCCGAGGGUCUGGUCUGGCACAAGAAUUGCUUCCGGUGCGUCCAGUGCAGCAAGCAGCUUAACGUGGACAAUUACGAGAGCCACGAGAGCACGCUUUACUGUAAGCCACACUUCAAGGAACUCUUCCAACCGAAACCGGUUGAGGAGUCCGACCAGCCUGUGCGACCUCGAAAGCCGGAGCUGAUCAUACGGGAGAACGAGCCGAAAGAGUUGCCGCCCGAUGUGGUCAGAGCCUCAGACAAACCGGACCUGGGCCUCGAGGAGUUGUCGAGCCUGAACGUGAAGUCCCGGUUCCAAGUGUUCGAGAAGGCCGGCGCCGAGACUAACGAGAUCGAAAGGUCGCCGUCGCAGAUCGCCGUGAAGAGGUCCCCGAGCAUCUUGAGCAAACUCGCCAAAUUCCAGGCGAAAGGCAUGGAUAUCGGAGUUGCGGACGAGUCGUUGAAUGGGAUCCCUUACGAAGAGUCGAGCGAGAGCGAGGAGGAGGAAGAGGCGGAGGAGGCGGAGGAGGUGGACAGCGAGAUCGUGAAGGCGAAACGCGCGACCCGCGAGCGACCGAUCAGCUUCACGAAAAUGGACGACAUAAAGAAUCGUUGGGAGACGACCAGCCAGCAGGGGAGACGGGAGGUUCAACGGGAGGCCAGGAAGGAGGAGAUAGCCGGAAUUCGUUCGAGACUGUUCAUGGGCAAGCAGGGUAAAAUGAAGGAGAUGUAUCAGCAAGCGGUAGCCGGAAGCGAGCGCGUGACGAAGAUCAAUGCGGCGGAGGAGAUCCAACACUCGACCCACGCUCGUUCCAUCAAAGAGAGAUUCGAACGUGGCGAGCCCAUAGCCGCGUCCGACGACGAGACCGACAGCAAACCGAAACCGGAGAAGGCUGACGAGGAAGUGAUCGCAGCAGGGAUCAGCAGGAAGUCUCGGUCGCUUUUCCUCGAACUGGACGCGACCGCCGCCAAAACUGGAAGACCUGUGACUCCUGUGAACCCCAAGACACCGGCCGAACAAUCGCGACGCGCCAGAGACGCAUUCAUGGGACGGCAAGUCUCAGACGACGUGGUGCGAAGCUCGGACACCACCGAGGAGGUUCAGGUCGAGACCUCGGACAUUUCGAAUAAGUUCAAAUUUUUCGAGUCGUACAAGGAGCCGGAGAAACAGCGGAAGCAGUUCCGAAUUACCCCUCCGCGCGACGGUCAAGUCAAGAUGGACUCCCCUGAGCGCGAGAUAUACCGCGACCCGGACGUGGUGAGAGCCGACGACAGGGUGAACGAGGUGGUGCACACGGACACGGCGAGAAAGAUGCUCUCGAUCUUCCGGCAAAUGGAGGAGAACGCGUGCAAGAAGGAACUGCCGAACGGGCCGAAACCUUUGAAGCGCUUCACGCCGCCCCCGGAGGACAAAUACGCGAAGGCGACCGCGUCGGACUCCGAGGAGGACGAGGACGAGGACGGCGAGGAGUCGGAGGGCGAGGACAGCGGCGAGGAAAGGGAUCCUAACUACGUGCGAGCUUCCGAUAAGGUUGAGGACGAGUUUUUGAAGCAAGCGCAGAACGCGGCCCGCGCAAAAACCUUGUGCGCGAAAUUCGAACACUGGGAGGAGACGGAUGGGAAGACGACGACGAGCAAUCAGCACAUCGCCGAGAUGGAAAUCGCGCAAAAUUCGUCCGGGGAACAGCUGAGCAUAGAGUCUGCGAGCAGUCUGAGAGCCCGUUUCGAGUCCCUCGGCUCGCAAACGAACGAAUCGCCGCGCACACCUAAGGUCAAAGUCAAUCGAUUCGUGUAAGGGGGCACCGGAAGUGGAGGAUCGACGAGAGGCCCAAGAAGAUGGACCGAGGAGGGCCCGACGAAGCGGAGCGAAUAGAACGCAUUAGAGGACACGAGCGAACGAGCACAAAUGCGCACACGAUACACACACACACACACACAAAUACACAAGCACAAAUACACGCAACGAGGAGUACACGAAUAUACAAUUAUAUUCGUUGGAGACUUGCGCUUGGAGAGGAACAACCGGCGGUUUUUACGUUUUUUUAGAAGUCUUUUUCUAACAAAAGCGUUUCUUUUUAGUGAAACUAGCGUAGAUUGUAUCAUAUUGUACCGAACGCGAGGGUCAACGAACGAGAGAUAACGAGAUACGUCGAGCACUAUGUGCGUCCGAAAACCGCGGUAGGCUCGCCGAGCAAAUUAAGCGGAUCAAUCGAUGGAAUUGAAACUCGUUGCAAUACUUUAAGCAUCCCUGUCCCCUCUCUCUCUCUCUCUCUCUCUCUGCACUCUCGCAAUUUAAUCGAGCGCUCGACGUAUCGACGAUGAAUCAACGAUCGUUUCAACGCUCUCGCUAUAAUCGAUAAAUCAUCAUCUCCCCCGCUUAGUGUUGUUGUUGGCUGCCGAAUAUUUUCGAAUUUUCGAAAAAUUUAUAUACAGACGUUUGUAAUUAUCAUUUCAACGCGAUAUUUACGAGAAUCGUUUGAAUCGUGGAAACACCGAGAUGGAGCGAGCCUCUCGAGGACGCAGCAAGUAGAUAUUUGGGGAUUGUUAUAUCUUGUCGCGUGCCAAAUGGAGAUUGGAGAUACGUCACAUCUGUCACGUCACGUUUGUUACGCGCGUCGAUACACACACACAUAAACACACACACACACAGACACAUACACGUGUACACGAAAUAAUUUUUACCAUUGUGGAAUUACUUAGGCGAUAGGGUGCCAAAUUGAGUUGAAUGACUAUCGAUCGAAUCUACUAUCGUUGCGUCGUUGAGACCAGAUCGUCUCUUCGAUCAAGUUCGAUUCUCUUUUUUUUCCUUUUUCCGAGUGCCAAGGUCGAAGGCGAAAAGUGAAGACGGACAGACGAAAAGCUUAGAGAAGAGAAUUGUACUGUAAGUAGUAGUAGGCGUAUACCGUAAUGAAUUUUCGAGAUGAAAAAUCGAGAGUUGAUUAAGAUCGCGUCACAGUUUUGCGAUAAUCAAGGUCCAAGCUAUAAUAGACGUACUUAGGAUCUUUUACGAGCUUUUUCGAACGCUUUUACACGAUUUCGAGUCUUUUUUACAGCAUUAUCGUCGGACGAUAGAUCUAGAUUGUCUGAUCCGUUUUAGAGGCGAUUAGAGAAGGAGAAGGAGAGCAAAAAAAAAAGAAAAAAAGAAAAAAACAAUCGAUUAUCGUUGCCCGGGACGAAUCUUCUCGCCAACAUGUCCCAAAAAAAGAAAAAAAAAAAAGAAAUCGCAAUACCAUUUUUUACAAAGAGAUAGAUCUACAUAUUAUAUAUACAUUUGUACAAGUUUAUACGAUAAAACGUUUAGUACAAUCAAUCGUUUGAUAAUCGAACGCGGUUCGUACACUAAUACUAGAAAGUUCCAAGAAGUUGGCGAGGAAGAUUCAAAGAAACGAGAUACUCCAGAGCGAUAUAAGGGAAUCGAAGGGGUUCUCAUUGUCAUUUACCGAACUCCUCCUUGUCGUGUAUAAUCGAAUCGGUGAAUUGUACGCACGAAAAAAACCAUCGUUCCUUACUAGGGAAUAAAUAAUAUCGAGUCUCGAACGAACGUUAUCAUUUAUUUUAUAUAAUUUUUGUAUAAUGUUCGAACACACAUGGGAAAUCUCGAUAAAGGAUUAGGGUUUCCCGCAAUGGCAUUCAAAGAGGAAGAAAAGAAGAGAGGGCGGAUACAUUUAAUUCUUUCGUCAUUGCCAAACGCGGAUGCACAGUAAGCAUCCAUAUACGUAUACAUAAUGAAUAUGAUAUGAUAUUAUAUGUUUAUCAUAGAAGAACGACGUAUAUCGAACCCCCUUUUGAUCUAUUUAGACGAGCGCACCCGAGUCAGAAGGAGGAAGGGAACAACCCCUGAAAUUGAUUUCGAUCGCGAAGAUUGUUGCUAUUUAUAUUCGUUCGUCUGUUUCUGAGUGAAAAAUGAGUUUGAAUCGAUAAUGGAAGGAAGAUGUCGAGACAAAUUUUUUUCAUUCUCUCUUUAUAUAUGUACGUGUAGAGACGACGUAAGAAUUGGGACUAGAGAACGAAAAGAAGAGAGGAUGAGAGAGAGGGAGAGAAUUGGCGAAUUGAAAAAACGUCGAAUCGAAUUGCAAUUUCAGGGCUCUCUCGAGACCUCUUCUUUUCUGUAUCGAGAAUCGAGAAGUUUUACGGAGGUGCGAGAUUUUUAGAGGCAUUAGUGACUUUUUUAAUCAAAAAUUAUAGAGAGAACGAGAUAGAAAAUGUGUAUGUGUAUGUACAUAUAUAUAUAUAUACACACGCGCAUACACCUAUGUUCUCUACACGACUUGGUAUUUCUUUUCCUUCGUUGGUGAAAUCGAUCAAGAAACACCCACUUCUCGACGAUGGAGAAUAUUUUCAGUGCAAUAAUUUUUUAAAGAUUGUCGAGACAAUGUAAACGUACAUACAUACAUAUACGAGACAUAUUCGCGUGUUUGUUAUUAAUUCGGCGAGAGUUAAAUGUUUAUGUAUGCGAGUAAUUUAGUUGAUCGAUCGAUCGCUUGAUUUCACGGCCUACUAUUGCGAUUACUUUUCACGUAGACUUUCGUUGCGUCUUGGAUUGUAUAAUUUUUAGCGACGUAUGAUAUGACUUGUUAUUUACCGUUUACCUUUCACGUGUAACAAUUUAUUACGACCAUAUUAAAAACGAUAAAUAAAAGGGCACAUCCUGACGAAAA